AUGAUGAGGAACACGAGGACAGACGAAGAAGCCGAGACGGAGUUUGAGAUUGGUAGUCUUUGCCGGGGACCGAACCAGCUCAAGGGGAUUCCCAAGUUGCCCUCGUUCCACGAGCACCGGGAGCACAUUGUCGUGCACAGGGCGGCCGUGUUUCGGAACUGGGCGCGCGUAGGAUUUACAGAGGGCAUCUCGGGCCACAUCGGCGUCCGCGACCCGGGGCAUCCCGGGCUGAUUUGGAUGAAUUCCGCGGGGGAGAAGAACCGGUUGUAUGAGGAGGCGCAGCCGGGUAUUGAGCAUGAGAUUGAGAUGGCGGGUGGUGUGAUUUCUGCUGGGCUGGAGGACACGGCGGUUGACGGCGUGGUUUGA